GCAGUGCAUCAUAAUUGAGGAAAAAUGAUGGAAGAAAGUGGAAUAGAGACAACUCCACCUGGAACCCCUCCCCUGAACCCUGCAGGCCUGGCUGCCGUUCUCACUACACUUUGUUUUCUAGCUGCAACCAGUUCCUUCUCAUCUCCCAAUGUGUCCAGGAUGGAGUCCUUGCCACCACAUGCGUAUUCUACACCUCAGCCAUCCCUGCCCCCUGUGCAGCCGUCAGCACCGCCUCCUUUUGUGCCAAUGUCAAGGUCUAUAGCUCCCUCGGUUCCCCUGAGUGGCACUUCAAUGCCCCCCUCUGUGUCUUCAUCACCUGGCACUGCCUUCAGCAGCCCACCUCUAUCCCACUUCCCACCUGCAACUUCCGCCUCCGGUGCUUUUUUAUCUGCACCACCUGCAGGUCCUCCUAUAUCGGGGUUUUCUGUUGGUACAGCUUAUGAUAUCACGAGGGGCCACGCUGGGAGAGCACCCCAGACACCUUUGAUGCCAUCGUUUUCUGCACCUCCAGUCACAGGUAUUUUGCCAGCCCCCAUCACAAAAAAAGCCAGUAUGACUUCGCUGGCACAGGGACCUGGAGCCACCCCAGCCAUUACUUUCCCAGAGGAACAGGAAGAUCCUAGAAUUACUAGAAGCCAGGAUGAUGCACCUACUGGUGGGAUCUGGGGUUUUAUCAAGGGUGUGGCUGGGAAUCCUAUGGUGAGAUCUGUGCUUGAUAAGACCAAGCAUUCAGUAGAGAGCAUGAUUACGACGCUGGACCCUGGCAUGGCUCCAUACAUCAAAUCUGGAGGUGAACUGGAUAUUGUUGUAACCUCAAAUAAAGAAGUGAAAGUGGCUGCUGUCCGAGAUGCCUUCCAGGAGGUCUUUGGCUUAGCUGUGGUUGUGGGGGAAGCUGGACAGUCCAAUAUUGCCCCACAGCCAGUAGGCUAUGCAGCGGGAUUAAAGGGUGCCCAGGAACGGAUAGAUAGCCUGCGGAGGUCUGGCACUAUCCACGAGAAACAAACUGCUGUGUCAGUAGAAAACUUCAUCGCUGAGCUGCUGCCUGACAAAUGGUUUGACAUCGGCUGCUUGGUGGUUGAAGACCCUGUGCAUGGCAUCCGCCUGGAAGCCUUUACUCAAGCCACACCAGUGCCUUUGGAAUUUGUGCAGCAGGCACAAAGCCUGACCCCCCAGGACUACAAUCUGAGGUGGUCAGGCCUUUUGGUGACAGUGGGUGAAGUCCUGGAAAAGAGCUUACUAAACGUCAGCCGGACUGAUUGGCACCUUGCUUUCACUGGCAUGUCUCGCCGACAGAUGAUCUACAGUGCAGAUAAACUGUGGCAGGAGGCUGUGGCAGGCAUGUACAAGCAUGGCCUGCCACCCAGGCCCAUGUGAAACCAGCUGCUGUGAAAUGGAGACCUGCUGUCACCUUUGGCUCUGUGUUAGAGGAGACUGGAUAGCUUCAGAGAAUCCAACAGCUUUUACAAUUUUCCUACAGGCUGCAGUCCUUUUAUCCUUUUAAAAGAGAUUUUUUUUUUUUUAAAUAAAGGCACAGUGUCAUUCCAGUAAAACAAAAGAAGUAGGUCCCAUUUUUACUGUCAUGAUUUCAUAAUCCUAGUUCUCAAAAAAUAUACACAUAAAUUUACAAUACAAUUCAGUAUACUAAACUUAUAAAGUGGAAAUCCUUGUUCAUAUAUUCGA